GGGCUGGUGAAGUAGUUAAUCGGUAUGGGACAGACGGAAGACUGAGAUUCCACGUUAAGAGACUUGUUUUGUGUCGGCCCUGUUGUGUUUCCACUUUCUUUUUGGGAUUGUCGACGUGAAAUUAAAAAGAAUAAAUAAAACAAAACCAAAAACGUGGAGGAGGAAAAGAAAAGACCACAGGACGCAUGUAGCCGAAGUACAACACUGCAAAGGUCUCUUUUCAAGGCUUGACGAUGGGCUGCGUCAGGAGUAAAGAGGACAAGGGCCCGGCGCUGAAGUACCGACCCGAUAACUCAAAUGCCACGCCAGUCAACUCCCACCUGGGCCACUACGGGCCUGACCCCACCCUGAUGGGUCAUUCACCAGCUAUGAAGACACACAACAACAGCUACAACAGUCACGCCGCCGCCCUCACGCCCUUUGGUGGGGCGUCUUCGGUCAUGACGCCCUUUGGCGGGGCCUCCACCUCCUUCACCUCAGUGGCCGUGAGCAGCCCCUUCCCCGGUAUCAUCACAGGUGGUGUAACAUUUUUCGUAGCGCUGUACGACUACGAAGCGAGGACGUCAGAUGACCUGUCAUUCAAAAAAGGGGAUCGUUUCCAGAUCAUCAACAACACGGAAGGCGACUGGUGGGAGGCUCGCUCCAUCAACACCGGACAGAAAGGUUACAUCCCCAGUAACUAUGUGGCUCCAGCUGACUCCAUACAGGCCGAAGAAUGGUACUUUGGUAAAAUGGGCCGCAAAGAUGCUGAGCGUCUUUUAUUGCUUCCAGGGAACCAGCGGGGCACUUUCUUGGCACGAGAGAGUGAGACAACCAAAGGUGCUUACUCUCUGUCUAUCCGGGACUGGGACGAGGUGAAGGGAGACAACGUCAAACACUACAAAAUCCGUAAGCUGGACAACGGUGGUUAUUACAUCACCACUCGGGCCCAGUUUGAGAAUCUACAGAAGCUGGUGAAACACUACACAGAGCAUGCAGAUGGUCUGUGCCACAGGCUGACAUCUGUGUGUCCCACAGUGAAGCCUCAGACUCAGGGACUAGCUAAGGAUGCCUGGGAAAUCCCGAGGGAGUCCCUCCGACUGGAGGUGAAACUGGGCCAAGGCUGCUUUGGAGAAGUCUGGAUGGGCACAUGGAACGGCACUACUAAGGUGGCUAUUAAGACCCUGAAGCCGGGUACCAUGUCCCCAGAGGCCUUCCUGCAGGAGGCUCAGAUAAUGAAGAAACUUCGACAUGACAAACUGGUGCCUCUCUAUGCUGUGGUGUCUGAGGAGCCCAUCUACAUUGUAACAGAAUUUAUGGGCAAAGGUAGUUUACUGGACUUCCUGAAGGAGGGAGAUGGUAAAUAUCUGAAGCUGCCCCAGCUGGUGGACAUGGCUGCACAGAUCGCAGACGGCAUGGCCUUCAUUGAGAGGAUGAACUACAUCCACAGGGACCUGAGAGCUGCCAACAUCCUGGUGGCGGAUAACUUGGUGUGUAAGAUCGCUGACUUUGGCCUGGCUCGGCUCAUCGAGGACAACGAGUACACCGCCAGACAAGGUGCUAAAUUCCCCAUCAAGUGGACGGCCCCUGAAGCUGCUCUGUACGGCCGCUUCACCAUCAAAUCAGACGUCUGGUCGUUUGGUAUACUACUGACUGAACUGGUGACUAAGGGGAGAGUACCAUACCCAGGUAUGGUUAAUCGAGAGGUACUUGAGCAGGUAGAACGAGGUUACCGCAUGCCUUGCCCCCAGGGGUGCCCCGAGUCCCUCCAUGAGAUGAUGAGGCAUUGCUGGAAGAAGGAGCCAGAUGAAAGACCGACCUUUGAAUACAUCCAGUCCUUCUUGGAAGACUACUUCACAGCCACAGAGCCACAGUACCAGCCAGGGGACAACCUCUAGUCUGGGGGAUUUGGGGGGCGAACUGUGGCCUCACACAGAGGUACAUCAGUGGAGAUCAAAGCUUGGGACAACAGACAACUUCAAUGGUAAAAGCCUUGAUGAGGCUGCAGAGAAAGAAGUUUUAAUGCUACAAACUAGUCCACAACCACACUGGUAUAUCUGCAAGAAGAAAAUAUUUUCCGAAGUAGAGGUUUGUCCCUUGUGUACUCGGGGACCAAAUGUUUGGGGGAGUGUCCAACUGUGCAGAUUCGUGCUGGUACUUUAAACUCGUGGACCCCUCUAAUCAGAAUAAUCCAUAUGAACUGGCACCAACACUGUGAUCAAAAAGAGAGGAUUUUCUCCUAAUUUCAAAUAAAUGGCAGAUGCAGUUUUUCUUUUUUUUUCUUACUUUUAAAAAAA